AUAAUGUGAUCCCUUAAAAUAAUAUUAUUCUCUGGGUGUCAUAAUCGUUUGUUUACUUCUCGGCUUAGGAUAUGCUCCAUUGACUGUAGACCCACAAGGCUGAGAAAGGUGUUUCAUUAAUAGGAAGUAUCUUAGGAUGCAUAGGAUCUUUCCAAUUCAGAAGCGGGUCAUACAGGUGAAUUUGCCUCUCUUCAACAACACUGUUGUUCAGCCUCUUUGCUUAACAAGUUCCCCAUGUUCUAUAGCUACAAGGAGAAAGGAAACUCAAGGCUUUCAGUUUCCAGUACAAGAAAGUUUAUUUGGAAUUAAGGGAAGAUUUGGUUGGAGAAAAAGUAGAAAUGAUAACACCUUCUUGAAAGUUGCUCUCUCAUCAGACUCAACCACUAAGAAAAAUGAUAUCAGUGGGCAAACUGAUGACAAAGAGAAUAAGCAACAACCGGAUACCAAUUUUGAUACUUUAGGAGCCUGGGACAAUCACAUGGAUCUGCCUAUUAUGAUGGAUGAAAGUAUCAAGCAUGGCACCCCAAUACCCAGGGUCACAGCUGCAGAUGUAGGAUGUUCAAGCAUACUUGGGAAGCGGACUUACCAAGAAGAUAGGUUUGUUGUUGCAGACCUUUUAAACAACAUUCUGUGUGCUGCAGUCUUUGAUGGACAUGGAGGAAGUGAAUGUUCUGAAUUUUGUGCUCAGAAUCUUGAGAGAUUGUUGCUGGAGCACCUGCCUCUUCACAAAGAUCUUGAAGCAGUCUUGCACCACACUUUCCUCAAGCUACAUUCGGAAUAUGCAGCAUGGGCAACAGAGAAUGAUAAAGGUUUAAGAGCAGGGUCAACCGCAACUGUAUGCUUACUCCGAGGAGGGGUUGAGCUGGCUGUUGGUCAUGUUGGAGAUUCUCGCGCAAUUCUUUGUCGUUCUGGUCGAGUAAUGGAACUCUCUUAUGACCACUGUCCUUCACUGACUUCAGAAAAGGCUCGCAUACAACAGUCUGGAGGAAGAGUUAUUGUAGACAACAUUGGUAGACACUUAGUAAAUGAGGCAUUAAAUAUGUCUCGCAGUAUUGGUGACUUGCACUUAAAGCAGUAUGGAGUCAUAGCUCUGCCUGAUACAAGAAGUAUAAGAGUAAAGCAUGGGAAAGAUGCCUUUCUCCUUUUGAAUACUGAUGGUGUAAACUUCGUGCUGCGAAAUGAGGAGACCUGUAAUAUUGUCAACAAUGCAGAAAUUCCUCCUCGUGCUGCUGAGUUACUGACGGAACAG